AAAUAAAUAUCCCUGCUUCAUCGCCACCCAAACCUGACCUCUUCGUCCCCGAGAGGCCCGAAACAAGAUUAGAUAACCGAAAGGCCAGCUGCCCAGCCAAACCCCCGGUAACCGCCAUCGCCAAAUCGCCACCGUCAUGAUGUCUCCGACGGCCACCGCAACGGCCAUCUUCCUAUCCGCGGCGCCCUCCUCCUUCUCCACCCGUCGGCGGCGCAGCCGGCUCGCCGCCAUCUCCGCAUCCCUCUCGCCGUCCUCCUCCUCCGAGGAGCCGUUGCUGGUGCGCGCGGCGCGGGGCGAGGAUGGCCUACCACGCCCGCCGGCGUGGAUGAUGCGGCAGGCGGGGCGGUACAUGGCGGAGUACCAGGCGCUGGCCAAGCGCCACCCCUCGUUCCGGGAGCGGUCCGAGAACACGGACCUCAUCGUCGAGAUCACUCUGCAGCCCUGGCGCGCCUUCGCGCCCGACGGCGUCAUCCUGUUCUCGGACAUACUCACGCCGCUGCCGGCAAUCGGGGUGCCGUUCGAUAUCUCAGAUUCCAAGGGCCCGGUGAUCCAAUCGCCCGUGCGGUCCGAGGAACAGGUCAGGCAGCUCGUGCCCAUCGACCUCGAUAAGCUCCAUUUCGUCGGGGAGUCGCUCAGGAUUCUGCGAAAUGAGAUUGAUGGAAAAGCUGCUUUGCUAGGAUUUGUGGGGGCUCCAUGGACAAUUGCAACUUACGUUGUCGAAGGGGGGAUGACCAACACAUACACAAAUAUAAAGAGCAUGUGCCAUACUGCUCCAAAUGUCUUGAGGGGCCUUCUCUCACACCUUGCACAAGCAAUAUCUGAUUAUAUCAUUUACCAAGUAAACUCUGGUGCUCAGUGUAUACAGAUAUUUGAUUCAUGGGGUGGACAACUUCCACCUCAUGUGUGGGAGCAAUGGUCAAAACCAUAUAUCAAACAGAUUGUGAGUAGGAUUAAGAAAGAGUGCCCUCAUGUACCCCUUGUGUUGUAUAUAAAUGGAAAUGGAGGUUUACUUGAGCGCAUGAAGGAUACGGGAGUUGAUGUUAUUGGGCUUGACUGGACAGUGGACAUGGCUGAUGGAAGGAGGCGCCUUGGUAAUGGAAUUGGUGUACAAGGGAAUGUGGAUCCAGCAUUUCUAUUUUCACCGUUACCAGUAUUGACUGAUGAGAUUCAUAGGGUUGUGAAAUCAGCUGGUCCAAAAAGCCAUAUUCUUAAUUUGGGCCACGGUGUGCUACAAAAGACACCUGAAGAAGCUGUAGCACAUUUCUUUGAUGUCACUAGGAGCUUGAGAUAUGACACCCUUUUCCAAGGUUCAGUUGCUGGAGAAUUACAGGCUGUUGCAUGACAACGGCAGUGCCAUUCUCAUUUUAUCAAUUGUCUAUUUGAUCUAUUGUGUAUUAUCCUAGAUUCCUAGUGUUGUCUAGUUCAGUACCUUCUGCCUUGUAAUUGUAAGAGCCACGCGUUUUGGGAGAACCUGGAUAUUGUCGUUUGACAGCAAAUCGACGCCAUUUUUUAUUCAUUGCCUGCCAGUUUCAGUUA